UCGUCACCCAAUAUCCAACUCCUCUCUCUUUCUUCUCCACAAAUUCCGGAAUACUUUUCUUAUUAUAAUCCGGUGACGAAAAUGUCAGCCAAAUUGGAACCAUGUUUCGCCAAGAAAAGCAAGGAAAGACUGCUCCUCCCGAGGAAGGUUUUCUCGGACUUCAGUCUUCCCAUCGCCGGCAGCUCCGACGACCGCGACGGAAGCGCCAAUGAGUUCCGAUGCUUCCGAUCCAUGUCCGACGGGAUCGCAAAUUUCUGGAACAACUUGCACAAAACACUCGUACAAUUAUACGAAAUGGGCCGAUCAGAUCCUCGCAAAGUCGCGUUCGCCGCAAAGGUGGGCUUGGCAUUGGCGAUCGUUUCUCUUGCCAUCUUCUUCAAAGAGCCUCUCAAGGACAUUAACCAGUACGCCAUCUGGGCUACUCUCACUGUCGUUCUGAUUUUUGAAUUCAGCGUAGGUGCAACUCUUAGCAAAGGACUAAAUCGUGCGUUGGGGACAUUUUCUGCUGGAGGGCUGGCUUUGGGAAUUGCGGAAAUCUCCAUAUUGGCAGGGAGAUUUGAGGAAGUUAUAAUUGUGAUCAGUAUAUUCAUAGCAGGAUUUUGCGCUAGCUAUGCCAAACAGUACCCGCCAAUGAAGCCAUACGAAUAUGGGUUUCGUGUGUUCUUGUUGACAUACUGUAUAGUCUUGACGUCUGCGAGUAAAGCCUUUCUCCAAACGGCAUUAUACCGGUUGAUGCUUAUUGCCGUUGGUGCUGGGAUUUGUUUGGUUGUAAGUAUAUGUAUAUUCCCCAUUUGGGCAGGGGAAGAUCUGCACAAGUUGGUGGUUAAAAAUUUCAGGGGUGUUGCUGUUUCUUUGGAAGGUUGUGUUAAGGGAUAUUUGGAGUGUGUUGAAUAUGAGAGGAUUCCUUCAAAAAUUCUCAUAUAUCAAGCUUCUGAUGACCAGUUAUACAGUGGCUAUAGAUCAGCUGUUCAAUCUUCAACCCAAGAGGAAACUCUAUUGGACUUCGCAUUAUGGGAGCCACCUCAUGGCCCUUACAAGGGCUUCAACUAUCCAUGGAAAAACUAUAUCAAAGUUGGCGGGGCACUAAGGCAUUGCGCAUUCACGGUCAUGGCUAUGCACGGAUGUAUACUUUCAGAAAUCCAGGCACCACCAGAGAAAAGACAGGUUUUCCGAAGCGAGCUUCAAAGGGUAGGUACUGAAGGAGCAAAAGUGCUACGUGAGCUUGGAAGCAAAGUAGAGAAGAUGGAAAAAUUAAGUUCUAAGGACAUACUAGUUGAAGUACACGAGGCAGCAGAAGAGUUGCAAAUGAAAAUUGACAACAACUCUUACAUUCUUGUCAAUUACGGAAGCUGGCAAGGGGAAAAUCGGCCAAAGGAAUUCGACGAUCCCGAGAAUCUUAUGGACCUCAAAGAGAACGAAAACAAGAAUUUGGUGAUUUCAUCGCUUAGUCAAAUGUGGGACGACCAGAAUCCAGUUAUGGGGCUUGACCCUUCCAUUAAGGAAUUGUCCGCAGACAAUGUAUUGAGGAAAUGCCCGUUAUCAUGGCCUAAGCUUUCCUUCACCACAAAUGCUAUGCUUAAUAUUGAACAAGAAUCAAAAGUAUACAAGAGUGCAAGCUCCCUAUCUUUAGCAACAUUUGCUUCGCUUCUGAUCGAGUUUGUUGCGAGGCUUCAGAAUCUUGUGGAUGAAUUUGAGGAGCUUAGUCAUAAGGCAAACUUUAAGGAUCCCGUGGAACAAUCGGAUGCGAAAGAUGUUGCCGGGUUUUGGACAAGACUGCUAAGGUGCCUGCCAUUCAUGAGUCGGAAACCGGAUUCAGUUUGCCCAACAUUAUAGUUUUUGAUUCAAAGAUUGGGCAUUCAUCACCUAUAAUUAGGUGAUGACUUGGUUACUGGGGGCAUGAAUGUUCUGCCGUCAGACAUCAAUUUUUCUUUCCCCUUUUGACUAA